AAAGAAAAUUAAAAAACUCUAUUCAUGGCAAUCAUUUUUAAGCUGAACUCAUGAGGCGUCAGGUUACUUCGUGCCAACUCCGUCGAAGCCAUCGGAUGGGUGAGAGAACAGCAUGGGCCAGGGACAACGCGUCUUUCUGGAAGUUCUGUUGUUCGGUUUGCUUGCAUCAGGACAUUUAGGUUCUGUUAAAGUAAGCUUAAAGACGAACAAUCCAGAGCUGCCGCAUUUUCGUCAAGUGUCAGCAGACCACCACCUGGAAGAUGAGAACUUUGCUACACUCAGAUAUUCACAAGAAGCCUCACAACAUUCAAGUAAUAAGGACAUCUGUAGUCCACAUGUUGCUGGUCAAGAAGGACAUGGACAUGAAGGACUGGUACUGGAAAAGACAUAUAUUCUUGUCACUUCAGAACAAGGGAGGAAACAGCAGGAAACAUUCCAUAGAUACCUGACACCCCCAAUAUCAUGCAAUUAUACAUCUUCACCAUUUGCUCUGCUUUCAUAUAAAACAAGAAUAUACCCUGAGGUUGUACAAGUGUACAAGCAUCUAGGUAAGGGAGGUAAAUUAGGUACAAAUCAUUUUGAGAUGCUACCUUCCUCAUCCACUUGUGGAGAACAUGACUUGUCACCCAGUGCUAUAUUAAAAAUGAUCAAGCUGGGUGAGUACCUGUUUAAGAGGUACCAUAAACAUUUACCUGUCUUGCAACGGUACCUGAGAAAAUUCUAAAAUUUCCAGCCUGCAUGCCAUCUCAAGAGUUUUUCCAAAGUACCUCUGCACUUCUUCAUGGACUUCUUGACUGAAAAACAGUUUAUGCGCAGUGUUGUUCAAAAACUGACACCUGAGAGAGGAAGAGGGCUGGGUACUCACUGUUGGUGUGAUAGCAUCCACGAUGUUGAUAUUUUUAUGCAGAAAUCAUACAAACAUGAACUUGAAA